AUGACAGAACUAGCCGCAUUCGCCUUUGAUGUCGCUGGCGUCACAGGCUCGCUCGACAAGCUCUAUGACGGUUGCGUCAAAGGCUAUCGAGCCUUCACCGCAUCAAACAAUCUCGGACCUAAUACCUUGCGCUUGCUUGCAAGAAUCCGGAUUGAAGAAUUCCGACUCCUGUCAUGGGCCCGCCAAUGGGGUGUGGAGAAAGAUCAAUUUGAUCGGUGGCAGGAGUUUGGCGGAUGGGGUGCGGAAGGCCUCAAGGAUCUGGCCCGAUUGAUAUUGAGUCGGCUGUUGGAAACCAUUAUGGACUGCGAGAAGUUGGAAGACAUUUACGGGCUCCAGGAAGAGUCGCCUGGAUCUGUCGACAAGGAUUUAUACAGCAGAGCGGCCGACCCCAGAAAUUAUACGGGGAAUCAAUUACCAGACGGUUGGAUAUUGCGCGCCAAUUGGGUGAUUGAUGACCCCGAGAAAUUCGAAGUGCUGUUGAAAGACCUUCGGGCCUUAAACGACAGGCUCGAAAAACUGUUUCCACCCAGCCAUGUGGGGCUAUAUCGGCGUUCCUGGACGAGCGAGCUGUUGCUUCAAACCCAUGAUACUGGACACUUGGAGAUAUUGGCAUCGGCUACGGAUGGUCCAUACCCAUACCUGAACAAUCUGGUCCAUCUGAAGCAAUUGCGGAUUAAUAUGGCGAUGGGCCAUCCUUUCCCAGUGUUGUCUUCGCAGUUGUCCGUGCCACGGAAGCAGAUCUGGGCACGUGGCAUGGAUGUUCCCAUCGAAAAGCAGCCACAGCGUGCCUCAGGCCUCUUCAAAAAGCUGGAUCUCUCCGGUAAUUAUCACCCGCCAGGUUCAAAUCAGACGAGGCAUAUGGAUGUUCCUAUCCUCAUCGACUGGAUCCCUUACGAUACCGAGAAAAAGGGUAUCCUUAACAAAGAAAUUCGUGACGCUCUACAUAGAAGGAUAGACGACCUUGCUCGGUUGCUGUAUUCAUGUAACUCGAGGAAUCCGGACUUGCAUAUGUUGGAUUGUUUAGGAUACACCGAUGACGCCAGGUUUAAUCGCUUCGGAAUCAUCCAUGCGUGCCCGGUUGUAUUCACAACGCUCGACACGGCCAGUUCGAAGCGUGCGCAGUUCCCGACUCUUCAUACGAUGAUGAAUGGUGCAAACAAGAGCGCACCCGAGCUUGAUGUGCGGUUCCGACUGGCUAGUAUCCUGGCAACGACGCUGUGGUCAUUUCAUUCUCUCGACUGGCUCCACAAGUCGUACUGCUGUCACAACAUCAUCUUCUUCGGCUCGCCAACGUCCGGACACCAUGAUCUGUCCGCACCGUAUGUCCUGGGACUGGAUUCGUCUCGUCAGCACGAUUUCACUGAAAUGAUCUACGACCCGAUGCAUGGCACAGGCAACGAGGAGGUCCUCAUGUACCGGCACCCUGAGUCCAUGGGGGUGUGGAAGAAGAGUUUCCACAAAGGGUUCGACAUUUAUGCCCUCGGUUUAUUGCUCCUCGAAAUCGGCAUGUGGAAGACGCUGGAAUGGAAGUCUCAGUACUCGGGAGCCCGAGAGGAAUUUAAAGCCAACGUCCUUCAAAAUGAGGUCCCUGCCUUGGGAGCGAAAACCGGCACUCGCUAUCAUCGGCUGGUUUUCGAAUGUUUGCAGAUUGCCGCUGGCAUCGACCACACCACUGCAGAUGGCUAUUAUCGCAGGAUAACGCAUGGAACGACCGGAGAUCGAUAUCGCCCCCCCAUCGAUUGGGUUGCCGCUUCCGAUUAUGUUGUCGCAAGCCGUCGCAUCAUAAUGGCGGAACCCGACCUCUCAAUCAUCUAUUCUAGCCUCAUCACUGCCAUUACGUCGUAUACCCGACAUUAUUACGUCUAUCGCUUAACGGAGAAAGUCCUACUCCGGAUUCAGAAUGCCCAAACAUGGAUGCAAAAUGCCCAAGCAUGGAUUGAGGACUCCUAUGGCGACAUCAAGAAGAAAGGCAUAUUCUGGAUUCAGAAUGCCCGUGCAUGGCUUGGGAACCUCAAUGCCAAAAUCCAGACGCGCCUCCGUGAGUCGAUGGGUCGGAUCCUGGUCGAUCUGUCCUACGUGACAGACUGGCUUAUUCUCCUAUCCGCCUUCGGCAUUGGGAUCGGGCUCAACUAUGUGACGCCUGCAAUUCGGCCGUUCUCUCUCAACGAUCCCUCCAUUUCAUAUCCAUUCUUAGGCCAAUCGAUGAACCAAUACUUGCUAUGGACCAUCUCGCUCGCGGUGCCGGCGGUUCUCAUCUUGAUGGUCGAGCUCAUCGUCCUGGGCCUGCGGUGUCGCACGGAACGAUGGGCUCCGUCAGACGCCUUCAUGAAUCCCCAUUUCCGUUGGAACUUGCAUGUUGGGUAUCUCGGACUCGCAAUGAGCUUCGCCGUUGGAUUCGUCUUGGUCCAAGCGAUCCAGACACGCAUCGGCAAACCGCGACCGAACAUGAUCGCUCGGUGCCAUCCGGAACUAUCGAGGAUUAAAGAGUACACUGUCUCCACGGUUACCACGGGAUUAUUUCAAGAUAAAAUCUACGUCUCUCCAGGCAUUUGCCAAUUCCAAGAUGUAGAACUGCGGGACGCGUUCAGGAGCUUUCCUAGCCGUUAUGCAACUCUCUCCUGGUCCGGACUGUUCUACUUCUCGCUCUACUACUGCUACCGGUUUGGCGUCACCUUCCUUCACAUCAACGACCAAUCCGGGCUGUUUCCGGCCCACAACGUGUCGGGCGCCGCCGCCGCCGCCCCGCUAUAUCUCUUCAUCGCCCCGUUCGCCACCGGAUGCACCGCCUUAAUCGUCACCUGCUCCCGAUACUUCGACUACAACAAUUCCGGGAUCGAUGUCAUUGCGGGCGCGCUCCUCGGGAUAGCGAGCGCGUGGUUCGCGUUGCGUUGGUAUCACCCGGCGUUCAAGGCCGGCGAGCGGGAGGCAUGGAGGCCGAGGAGUAGGGGUCACGCAUUUUGGGCGGGAAAAGUAGAGACGGUCGAUAAUGGAGGGGUUGAGAUGCACGGGGCGGCAUUGUCAUCAUCCACUGCAGCGGACUCAUCGUCAUUGUAUACUUCUAGUUGAUGGAUUUGCCAUGGGUUUCACAGAUAGGGG